AUGCCGAAUCUGCCCGUGAUGACAUUUCCAGUCGUCAUGAGAACUGCAACUUUACUAUGUCUAGCCACUGCGGCGUCAGCGGUUAUUACACCGCGGGAUAUGUCUUCUGAGGACUCGACAGACUUCGACGCUCUGACUCUUUUCUGGGACUAUGGCAAAUCUCCACCUGUCUAUCCUUCUCCUAAGGGAAUAGCUACAUCGAAAGGCUGGGCUGAUGCCUAUGAAGCAGCCGCCAGGAUGGUCGCCAAAAUGACCAACGAGGAAAAGGCUAAUAUCACAACGGGAGCAGCACACCCGAAAAAUGGCUGCGCUGGCUGGGCACCCGCUGUUGAGCGAGUUGGCUUCCCUGGCAUGUGUAUGCAGGGAUCGGGUUCUGGUCUCCGUCCUACCGAGCUAGUCACAGCCUACGCUGCCCCGAUUUCCAUUGCCGCUUCUUGGAAUGAUGACCUCGCUUUCCGAACUGGCUUCUACCGUGGGCUUGAGUACGAAUCUAAGGGCGUCAAUGUCGCUCUGGAGCCCGUCUGUGGCCCCAUAGGACGUAUCGCCGAGAAUGGCCGCAACUGGGAAGGCUACGGCGCUGACCAGUACCUAACAGGGCAAAUGGUAUAUCAGACAAUCAAGGGUAUUCAAGAUAGAGGUACUGUAUCUGCAUGUGUCAAACACUUCGUUGCAUACGAGCAAGAGACCAAUCGUAUGCCGAUCGGACACAAUGAGUCUGUGUCGUCUAACGUCGACGACAAGACCAUGCACGAGCUCUACUUUUGGCCCUUUAUGGACGCUAUGAAAGCAGAAUCUGGCAGUGUCAUGUGCUCCUACAACCGCGUCAACAACUCCUAUGCCUGUCAGAACAGUAAGAUCCUGAACGGCCUGCUCAAGACGGAGCUUGGCUUUCAGGGCUUUGCCAUGUCCGAUUGGGCUGCACUGCAUACUGGCUACGAGGCUGCUGAUGCCGGACUUGACAUGGUUAUGCCUGAUAGUGGUGGCUUCUGGGGUACCAACCUUUCUCUAGCUGUCACCAAUGGCUCUUUCGCCCAGCAGCGUCUCGAUGACAUGGCGACUCGUAUCUUGGCAGUCUGGGAGAAAUUUGGCUCCAUCCCGAAUCCAGGGCACGGCGACCCGCCGACAGUUGACUGGACUCUGCCUCACGGUCAUACCAAUGCCAUGAAGCAUAUCUCGCAAAAGACCAUCUUCCAAGGUGCGCUCGAGGGACACGUGCUUGUCAAGAAUGUCAACAACGCGCUACCCUUAAAUAAACCCACAGUUCUGUCUCUCUUUGGAUACGAUGCUCUUCCUCCUGCGAUUGUUGAUCCUGUGAGUAGUGUGAAGUGGAAAUUCGGAUACGAAGCCCUCAACACCAGCUCAGCUGAGGAGCAGAUGUAUAUUGACGGGUACUGGAGCAACGGGUCCACCAUCUGGCCUGCUGGGCCAAAGGCAGGCUACGGGGGGACUCUCAUCACAGGUGGUGGAUCUAGCACAUCAAACCCUCCAUGGAUUGUGUCUCCCUAUGCUGCAUUUGUCCAACAGGCUCGUGAGGAUCUCACUAUGCUCUCGUGGGAUUUUCAAAACCAGAAUCCUGGUGUGAUGGGUGGCAGCGAUGCAUGCAUCGUCUUUAUCAAUGAAUAUGCUUCCGAAGGCUUUGACCGCGGCGGGCUUGCAGAUCCAUGGUCUGAUAAGCUUGUCAACAAUGUUGCUAACAAGUGCAACAACACAAUUGUUGUCAUACACAACGCGGGCAUCCGAAUCGUCGACUCGUGGAUUGACCAUCCUAACAUUACAGCUGUGAUUUUGGCUCACUUGCCUGGUCAGGAAUCGGGAAACAGCUUAGUAGAGCUUAUGUAUGGAAAGACUUCGCCGUCUGGAAGACUACCGUACACCAUUCCCAAAAGGGAGUCUGACUUUGGCGAUCUUCUAUACCCCACUCACGCUGAUAGCACCAGUGAAUAUCACACUCAAGCCAACUUUACCGAGGGUGUCUACAUUGACUACAAGCACUUCGUUAGGCAUAACAUCACCCCACGCUACGAGUUCGGCUACGGUCUCACAUAUUCCGAAUUCAAAUACAGCAAAUUGAAGACCACACUUUGUGAUAAUGUUCUCCCAUCCUUUGUCGACGCCUAUGCUGGCACAUUGGUUAUGGCCGACCCUAGCACAAAUCUCACAAUUGAAAAUCAAAGUCAAAAGCGUCUACCGUGGGGUGGCGCUAAGGCACUUUGGGACAACGUCGCCAAUGUCACAAUUGAGGUCGAGAAUAUCGGAAACAUGAUGGCUGAUGAAGUCGUACAGCUGUACGUCGGCAUUCCCGGGGCUCCAGAGAAGCAGCUUCGCGGCUACCAAAAAGCAAAUAUGAGCGUGGGCCACAAGGCACAGAUUCAAUUCCAGCUCACUCGUAGGGAUCUCAGUGUAUGGAGCCCGGAGAGACAAGGUUGGGUUCUUCAGAAAGGGGUCUACAAGAUUUAUAUAGGGAAGAGUGUUUUGGAUAUUCCUCUGGAGGGUCGUCUAGAGGUGGCCUAG